AAGCUUGCUGUAAAGGACACACCUCCCUGUGUAUGACUUAACUUCCCCUCUGGUCUGGACUGCUUUCAUAGCUCAAAAGCUGACUACUUGACACAGGCACACAUGAGGGAAGGCACAUAAUGCCUGGUCCUACUGGAAAAAAGAGAAUUGGCUCUCGUCGGAGGGUGGCACCACAUGUUGAAAUGCCAGAGGAAUUGAGUGAAGAUCAACCAUCACAACCAGAAGAGAUUGGUGAAUCUUUCAUUGGAUUGUCAAAUGAAGAACAUACCCCUUUGGAAACUUAUCACAAGUCAAGCAGGAGAAAGCUAGGCUCAAAUAGACAACGUAAAAAAGGGAAUUCUGAGCAGUCUGCAAUUGAACCAUACCACCAACUUACAAAGGAAGUUGAGCAAAAUGUGCAGACAGAAAAUCUUCAAGCAGAAACGAUAACUACUGGACAGGAAGUUAGACAAAGAGAGUUCAGUGAAGUAGACUCCUAUCAUUCAAUGUAUGGGACACAUUUGUAUUCAGCCUACACACCUGGUGAUGCUUCUGACCCGAGCUAUCUUGAUUCUGAUGUGGAGAGACAUCAACCCAUCGGUGAAAAAUUGCAUUUGGAGCAAGAGCCCCGAGAUUUCCCAAUGUCAAUACAACAUAUUGAUGCAGAAAAGGAAGAUAUAAAUGAAGAGCUACCACAGCCGGCUGAAGCUUUUCAGGGAGACCAUGGAAAUGUCAAAUUGAAGGAAACAGAUUUUCCAGACGAUGCAGACAGCCUCACUGAAAAAAGUAGCCACUGUGUAAAAAAUGUGGAAAGUAAAAACAAUGUUGAGGAAGUCAACGAUUCACCCCCGAUGGGGGAACUGCUUUCAAAAGAGGAACAUGAGCCUUUUGACUUUUCACAAGCCAAAGAUGCUCAGCGUCCAGAUCAAAGUGAAAUUGAAGAGAUCAAAUCACCCGAAUCCGACCAAAUGGACCACCCUGAAAUUGUGACACAUGAUAAAGAUAUUGAGACAUGUCCUGAAAAUCUAACAGAUAAAGUAUUGGAAAUACAUAAAGUUGAUCUGAGUGUAAAAAGCCCUGAUUCAUGUUCGUAUCCACAAAACAAAGAGGAACAGAAGCUUUUGGAAGAAAAAACAAAGGUUUUGUCUCAGAAAGAUAAUUGUCAGGCACCUAAUACCAACGAGGCAUUGAUCAACAUAGAACAAAUGGAACCAGCACCUUGUCGGGAAGAAGUCAUCAACGACCAAGUGAAGUCUAAACAGGAACAGUGUACGGAUGGACUCUUGAGCCCAAUGAUGGACUGUGUCUUGUCACAACCAGAGACAAGUUUUGUCUUCGACACCCACAGUCAGGACAACACUCCAAGCACAGACAAACACAGAGAAUCCUACAGCCCAGCCAGGAACAGGAAAAAACUUGGGUCGAAUCGCUGGAGCAAAGGAAGCCAUGAAAUGGUCUAUGCUGCUGAAACAUACAGUAACGUUAAAGAUGAUGCUGAGCUGCCAAAAAUAAACGAUGUGACCUUUGAAAUAGAAGCAACGGAGAAGACAAAGAUAGAGCUGAAAGACAGCUCAGACACCUUUCCAGAUGAGAAAACGCAUGGUCUCGACAGAGGGAAUACACAUUCAGACUCAACUAAACCCCAACUGCUAAUUCAGCUAUCAAAUUGUGAGGAGAUGCCUCAGGAGGUACUUCCAGUUGAUGAAGUCAAAACAAAAGCAGGGGAGGAAAAUGAAACAUCAUCACAGAACGGAAAUCUUGGAGAUACCCUGGAGAUACGAAUGCCCGAAAGCAGAUUUAAUGAAGACACAGAAAUCGAGGACAGUCCAGCAAUAGCCACUAUUUCUUCACCAAAAGCGGAAACAUCCUCAGAUGAACAUGAGCUGUUUGGCUUUUCUCAAGUCUGUGAAGCUCAACAUCCAGACAGGGAGGAAAAUGAAACCUCAUCACAGAAUGGAAAUCUUGGAGAUACCCUGGAGAUAAGCAUCCCCGAAAGCAGAUUUAAUGAAGACACGGAGAUCGAGGACAGUCCGGCAAUAGCCACUAUUUCUUCACCGAAAGCGGAAACAACCACAGAUGAACAUGAGCACUUUGGCUUUUCUCAAGUCUCUGAAGCUCAACAUCCAGGCAGGGAGGAAAAUGAAACCUCAUCACAGAAUGGAAAUCUUGGAGGUACCCUGGAGAUACGCAUGCCCGAAAGCAGAUUUAAUGAAGACACAGAAAUCGAGGACAGUCCAGCAAUAGCCACUAUUUCUUCACCAAAAGCGGAAACAUCCUCAGAUGAACAUGAGCUGUUUGGCUUUUCUCAAGUCUGUGAAGCUCAACAUCCAGAUAGGGAGGAAAAUGAAACCUCAUCACAGAAUGGAAAUCUUGGAGAUACCCUGGAGAUACGCAUGCCCGAAAUCAGAUUUAAUGAAGACACAGAAAUCGAGGACAGUCCAGCAAUAGCCACUAUUUCUUCACCAAAAGCGGAAACAUCCUCAGAUGAACAUGAGCUGUUUGGCUUUUCUCAAGUCUGUGAAGCUCAACAUCCAGACAGGGAGGAAAAUGAAACCUCAUCACAGAAUGGAAAUCUUGGAGAUACCCUGGAGAUAAGCAUGCCCGAAAGCAGAUUUAAUGAAGACACAGAAAUCGAGGACAGUCCAGCAAUAGCCACUAUUUCUUCACCAAAAGCGGAAACAUCCUCAGAUGAACAUGAGCUGUUUGGCUUUUCUCAAGUCUCUGAAGCUCAACAUCCAGGCAGGGAGGAAAAUGAAACCACAUCACAGAAUGGAAAUCUUGGAGAUACCCUGGCGAUAAGCAUGCCCGAAAUCAGAUUUAAUGAAGACACAGAAAUCGAGGACAGUCCGGCAAUAGCCACUAUUUCUUCACCAAAAGCGGAAACAUCCUCAGAUGAACAUGAGCUGUUUGGCUUUUCUCAAGUCUGUGAAGCUCAACAUCCAGACAGGGAGGAAAAUGAAACCUCAUCACAGAAUGGAAAUCUUGGAGAUACCCUGGAGAUAAGCAUGCCCGAAAGCAGAUUUAAUGAAGACACAGAAAUCGAGGACAGUCCGGCAAUAGCCACUAUUUCUUCACCAAAAGCGGAAACGACCACAGAUGAACAUGAGCACUUUGGCUUUUCUCAAGUCAGUGAAGCUCAAGAUCCAGACGAAAAUUUAACUGAAGAGGUUAAUUCAUCAGAAACAGAACAAACAAAAGACUCAGAAAUCUUGACCGAUGGACCAAGAGGCGAUUUUGACAAAACAUUGAAAACCCUUGUCAAUGAAUUUUUUGAAACGCAUAUGUCUGACCUAAGCGCUCUUGAUUCAGUUUUAAAUCCACAGGACAACUCAGAAGAACAAUAUAUGUUAGAGGAAAACACAGAGAUUUUGGAACAGACAAAAGAAAAUAAUCAUGCCCAUGACACCAAGGAAACGGUCAACACAGAAAAAUCAGACCCCACAAAAAGUCAGGAACAUGACGAGGAAGCCCAAAGGACAACUGAUGACGAGCAGAGUACUAAUGGAAUCUUAAGUGGAAUGCCUGAGAGCAGAUUGUAUUCACAAAGUGUGCAAUCAGAGGAAAGUUCACAAAGUGAGGACACCACUAUCAGCAUAGAGCAACAAAAAGACUCCUUCAGCCAAAAUAGAAACAGGAGAAAACUUGGGUCUCAUCGACGGAACAAAGGAGCUUUUGUAAAGAACUUUGCUGCUGAGUCAUACAAGGAAGUUACAGACAGUGCUGCCGGAAACGGCAGAGAUGAAAAGGAUCCCCCAGAAACCAAAGACACAGUGUUUGCGAUAGAAACCACUGAGAUGGAAAACAUUGAAAAAAAAGGGCCUAGUGAAGAAGAGUGCGGGCCAACUAAAGCCACAAUUUUCCUACCAAAAGAAAAAACUGAGGAACAACAUGAGCUUUUCAGCAUGUCUGGAGAUGAUAGUACUCAACAUUUAGACAACAAUAUUAGUAAAAUGCCCAACCAAAUGGUGAAUCUUGUAGAAGUUGAUCAACUAAAUUCUAUUGAUGACUCUGCAGUUACAGAGAUCUGCUCUCCUGCUGGAAUCAUGCAAAUGGCAGCUUCUGUGGAACGCGAAUCCAACAAAGAACUAAUGCAAGCAUCACAAGAUCACACAAAACCAAUAUUCAAAGCCACAGAGACUAUAAAAGCUGUGAAAAGCCAAAUAAUUCAAGAGGAUGACUCAAUUUCUCUAAACCCAGACAAAGAUGCCAUUGCCAGUUCUCAAGGGGAAGUCCCAAACACAUUUUGUAUUCCUACUCAAGACACAAAUAUCAACUCUACAUCAAACUUGAGUGUACAACAAUCAGAAGAAACCUUCCAGCUGUCCUCAAAGGAAGAAUCACUGGAAAAUGUCCUAGAAGCCGAGAACAGUGCCUUGAAAGAAAUAAGGGCUCAUUCAGAAGUAAUAGGACUUUUAAAUGUGUCUUCUACUAAGAAGAGAAGGAUGGGAUCUACACGCCGGUCUCAUAUGAGCGGAAAACGAGAAGCAGAAAUGGACAAAGAAGAUGAUACAAGAUCCCUGGAAAAUGUAGGAGUCCUGGAGGAUCUACCGCAGACUGAAGCAUUACCAAGUCAAAGAGGUAAAGAAGAGCAACAAUACGACAUGGUUGAGAAUGACCAGAAGAUUCACAAGAGUACCAGAGAAAGCAAGGUGAUACCAACCACAGAUGAAGUCACGACUCUCCUUUCAGAACAGGUGUCCUCCCACGAGGCCACACAACAUGAUGGAAAUUUAAUGCAAGAUCAAGACGAGCUCAUGGGCCAACCAUCAAACAUUCAAGCGAUAAACACUGAGAGUGAAGGAGUUCCUGAUCAAAACUUGAAAAGUCCUCGUUUGAACUUGGCUAAUCAAAAAAGAAAGAUGGGCUCCACGCGCAGAAGUUUAGGAACUAGGUCAAAGAGGGACUUGGAGCUGAAGUUGGAUUUGAGUAAUGAGGUAGGGGUCACAGCUCCUGUGCAGGAUCUCUUCUGUCAAAGCGAAGAUAAAAAAUUCAAGCCUAAGAGCUCAGGUCUUGGACCAACCAACCAAGAAAACGUCUGCGACCCUCCAAGCACAGCUGAGACUCUUCAGUCAGGCGAAGAAAAUCUCAGUUCGGAGCAUCAUCCAGUUCAAGGUGACGUUAUAGAAAAACAGUCUACCUCAACCAAACUUGAUAUGCUCUCCGAAUCAGAGCUAAAAGUGAGAAAGCGGAAACUGGGAUCUCACCGGAAGUCCAAAGUACAACAAACCCACGGCAAUCAAAGUGAAAAAGACAACAUGAUGCAAAAACAAGCCGAGAGAGCCGAAAAAAUAAUCACACACGAACAAGCGGAUGACGCCAUCCACGGGUCUGAUGAACCACAGAGUAAUCUAAGUGAUACCGACCCAUCAAAGUCGAUGAGAAACAAAAUAGUAGAGGAAGCGCUGCCACCCCGAGUCCAUCAUCAGGUAACCCUCAAUGUGUCGGCAGGUGAAGCAGGCAACUCGAAAGCGAAGCCUUUUAACGUGGUCAUGGUCGGCAACAGCAACGUGGGCAAGACGUCGUUCAUGAAACGAGCGCAAAAUGGGAAAUUUUUUCCGGAUUUGCCUGCCUCUGCUGGCCUUGACACAUGCUUGUGGACGGUGGUCGUGGAUGGCAAACCUGUGGUGCUCCAACUGUGGGAUACGGCGGGUCAAGAAAGGUUUCGCAGUAUCACCCAUCAGGUAUUCCACAGAGCGCAUGCAUUUCUCCUGAUGUAUGACAUCACGUCUUCUCAAAGCUUCACCGCAGUCCACUACUGGGCGACAUGCAUUCAAGAAAGCGCCACGAAAAACGUUCCUGUUUUACUUCUUGGAAAUAAAAGCGAUCACAUCGAGCGUCAUGUUUCAACCGAAGAGGCUCAGAAGGUUGCAAAGACGUUAAACACAGACUUCAUGGAGUGCAGCGCUGUCUCUGGUGACAAUGUGAUUCAAUCUUUGGAGGCAGUUGCCAGAUUGUUGAGCCAUAAAGAUGACGUAAGAGAUGAAACCCUAGCGUUACAUAAAGAACCUCCAAAGAAGAAAGCAGGAUGUUGCUGAACAGACAAGUGGUGCAUUACGGCAGUGUAUCAUUGUGCAUCUGAGGAAUUACUAGAUUUAAAAAAAAAAAAAAA